GCGGGCCGACACUAUGCAGCAGCGCAAAGAAGCGCAAGUUGCGGGGGACUGGAAUUUGGCAGCUGAGAUUCACAUGCAUCGCAACUCUUCUGACAGCAAUAUGGAUUGACAGAGCGCCCCACUGAGAUAUAAGAGGGGUGGAAACUGCCACAGGAGUGUGUGCUUGCCUGUGUGUGUGGGUUUCCACCACUACUUUUACUGUAACUUCAACACACACAAACACCCUGCAACAAUGUCACGGAGGGAACGGCCAUGGUCAGUGUACAUGAUAAACACACUGGAUCUUGCUUCAGAAAUGCUUGGACUGGCAUUAGCAGGAAACAGCCAAGACCCUGAUGAGCCUGUACUGGAGUUCAGUCUUGUGUGCAGUGAGUUGACCACACCAUCUCUAGACCGGAAACCUAACGGUUUUGUUGCUGUGAGCUGUACCACUCCCCCGCAGGCUUUUUGGACCAAACAUGCACAGACAGAGAUCAUUGAGGGUACAAAUAAUCCCAUGUUUCUCAGCAGUGUGGCAUUUUUCCAGGACUCCCACAUUAACCAGCACACACAGGUCAAACUCUCUGUAUACGAUGUAAAAGAUCGCUCUCAAGGAACGAUGUACCUUCUUGGCUCAGCGAUGUUCCCAGUAAAGGAGCUUCUGCAGGAAAAGAACCACAGACUUAACUUGCCUCUCAGGUCGGCAGAAAACGAGCAUGUGGGUACUAUUACAGUCAUUGCCUGGCAGCUAGAGGAGAAGAGAGAUCAGCAGACACCAGUUAAACAACUACAAGACACCAUCAAUGGCAGGACUGUUCUUCCUGUAGAUGAGAGUCUGACAGAGUCUGUGGGAAUCAGAGCAAAAUACGCCUCACUGUGGAAAGACACCUUUUUACGAUCUGUGUUUGGUGGCACCAUGUCUCGAAUGUAUCGUUUACCCACAACUGAUGGGAAUCAUUUACGUAUCCUGGAGCAGAUGGCUGAGAGCGUCCUGUCACUCAACAUCCCACGACAGUUUGUCAAACUCUUACUGGAAGAGGAUUCUUCCAGGGUGUCUGAGCUGGAAGAGUUGGGUGAGUUGUCUCCAUGUUGGGAGACUCUUCGGCGGAAGAUUGUGACGCAGUAUCAGAGCAUCCUUCUGACCUAUCAGGAUUCACUCACACACUUGCAGGACUACAAAGGUCCAUCAUUCAAAGCCAGUAAUCUGAAAGCAGAAAGGAAGUUAGAAUUUAUGCCCACCAACCUUCAUGUGCAGAGAAUGAGGGUUCAGGAUGAGUAUGCCUUUGAUCACACCUAUGAUGUGGUGACGAUCGGGGCCCCUGCAGCUCACUGCCAGGGCUUCAAAAAUGGGGGUUUGCGGAAACUCCUCCAGAAAUUUGAGGAGGCAAAGAAACUCAUUUAUGAGGAGGAAUGCAGUGCUCUGUCCAGCUCCCAAUCCAUCAUCUAUAUCCCGCAAGAUAUUGUCCGUGCCAAAGAAAUCAUCUCCCAUAUCAACACACUAAAGACUCAGGUCAGCUACUAUGCUGAGCGCCUGUCCCGCUUUGCAAAGGAGCGUUCCUCUAACGGCAUGGAAAGAACCCUUGCUAUCCUGGCGGAUAAGACACGGCAGCUGGUAAUGGUAUGUGACUGUAAGCUGCUGGCAUCUGCAGUGCAGGCUCUGAAUGCAGCUAGACCAGAGUACAUCGCCUCUAUAAACUCCCCCUCGGCUGACACAGAGCAGGUGAUGCUUAGAAAUGAUCAGGACACACUGCUGGCUAAAUGGAGUGGCAGAAACAGUCGCUCGUCUCUUCAUGUUGAUUGGCAGGAGGAAGAGUGGGAGAAGGUGUGGGGGAAUGUUGACAAAAGUCUGGAAUGUAUAAUCCAACGAGUGGACAAACUGCUUCAGAGAGACAGAUUGCACAGCAGCAGCAGUGAGGACAUGUUUCAGGCUGACCAGCAGUGCGGCGCCAGUAAGAAAGGUAUUGUGAGAAAAAAAGCCUUCUGGAUCAACCCUGUCUGCAUGGAGGAGACUUCCUCAGGCUUCGAACAAGAACAGCAGUCAACCUCGCCAUCAUCAUCAUCCCCAUCUUCAUCCUUACCACCUGAUCUAAAUCCUGCAUGCCACACUAUUGCAGGAACACAUGCAUAUGGCAACAGCAGUAGUGGAGAGGAGAGUUAUCCUGGUGAGUGGAGUGAGGCCCUGUAUCCCCUGUUAACAACUCUAACGGAGUGUGUGGCCAUGAUGAGUGACAAAGCCAAGAUGUCGAUGGUUUUCUUGCUCAUGCAAGACAGUGCACCCACCAUUACAAUGGACCUCAACCUGCAGUACCGGCGAGAUGUGGUCUUCUGUCAGACACUCACGGCACUUAUUUGUGGUUUCAUCAUCAAACUAAGAAACUGCCUCCGUGACGAUGGCUUCCUAAGGCAGCUUUACACCAUUGGUCUGCUCGCUCAGUUUGAGUGUCUAUUAAGUACUUACGGAGAGGAGUUAGCCAUGUUAGAGGACAUGAGUGUAGGAAUAAUGGAUCUUCGGAACGUGACUUUCAAAGUGACACAGGCUGUAUCUGCCUCUUCCCCCGACAUGCUGCCGGUGAUCACGGGGAAUCGUGAUGGGUUUAACGUUCGCAUCCCGCUCCCGGGUAGCAUGUUUGACGCGUUGCCAAGGGAGAUUCAGAGUGGCAUGCUGCUGCGAGUACAGCCGGUGCUGUUUAACGUGGGCAUCAACGAGCAGCAAACACUUGCUGAGAAGUUUGGAGACACGUCUCUUCAGGAACUCAUCAAUGUGGAGAGUCUGGCACGACUUAGUUCGUACUACCAGCAAUUCAAGGAAGUUUUACCAGAGGACUGUCUUCCUCGCUCGCGUAGUCAGACGUGUCUUCCAGAGCUGUUGCGGUUCCUUGGUCAGAAUGUUCAUGCUAGGAAAAAUAAAAAUGUAGACAUCUUGUGGCAGGCUGCAGAGAUUUGUCGGCGACUUAACGGAGUACGUUUCACCAGCUGUAAAAGUGCGAAGGACCGUACUGCCAUGUCAGUGACUCUGGAGCAGUGUCUGAUCCUACAGCACGAGCACGGCAUGGCCCCACAGGUCUUCACACAGGCCCUUGACUGUAUGCGCAGUGAGGGUUGCCGCCGUGAGAAUACCAUGAAGAACGUUGGAUGUCGCAAGUAUGCCUUUAACUGUUUGCAGCUGAAGGCCUUUCCUAGACAUUACCGACCUCCUAAUGGCACUUUUGGAAAAGUGGAGACUUGAUGAAACGACCCAUGGUUAAAUGUAAUGCAGUAAGAUCACUAAUCUUGAUAGCUGAAAAGUCCUAUACAGUAGAAAUUCAAGACCUCUAAGUGAAAAACCUGAAGCGGUUAUUCACAUCCUCUUCAACCUCAGCUACAGUAAAACUGUGAAAUCUGCUGAACGCAAACUACUUUUCAAUUUGCUCUGAUAGUUAUUAUACAUUUAUAUUUGAAGUGAAAAUUUUGACUGAAAAAAAACUGAUAAAUCAGUAGUGAAACACUGUUAGUGGGUUGUAUGAAAUGUCACACACUUUAUGACAGACUGUAUCUGAUUAGCUGUCUUUCAUAAGCUCAAUAUCUCUUAAUACAACAUAUGUACUACAUGCAGGCAUGCUGUAAUUUAUCAUCUUGGCCCUCCGUAGUGCACAGUAGAGGGUUUAAUUAAUUGAAACUAUAUGUCAUAAUCUUGGCACUCUACUGUGCAUAAUGAACGGUUUAGUAAUAUAUGCUCUAUUUCACACUUUUGGCCUUCCAUAGCAUUCAGUUGGGUUUUAGUAAGCAUGCUCUACUGCAGCAUUACAGUUAUCAAUCCCUCAUAAGAGUUUUUACAUGAUUGUUCCUGUCUGUAUAUCCCUUUUGUGUGAUGCUCAUGUUUUGUUCAAUGUUUAGGUUUAUUUUAUUUUUCUCCUGGUCCUCCAUUUUGCUGGGUCUCAACACAUGUGGCAUGACUUAAGGGAUUACCUGUUCCAUCCUUAAACCAGAGGAGGAAUUGCAGGGAAAUAAAUUGUGCCAUUAUUUCAUUGUAAUGGUUGUGUGUUUUGAUCAGUUGUAAACAUUUAUCCUAACUAAUCAUGCACAGUUAAAUCCUCUCAGUAUCUUGAACACUAAGGUUGUCUAAUAGGAAAACUAUGCCCCAUUGCCUCUCUUCAAGCAAAAUAUAUAGGCUACUGACAAGUUUCUGUCAUGGACCAAAAGAGAAAAUGAUUAAGGCAAAGUGAGAUAAUCACUAUUCUGCUUGCAGCAAUGACUCCCAGACCUUUUAUAGUUAGAGGUAUGACAGAGGUUCCAGAAACAAUAUUCUUGAGCAUACUGGCUCUAAUGGAUGUUGUUUUGUACAAUACGUGUUAUAAGUGCAUUUGUUAAUGAAAUAUCAACACAUUAAGUGAGAUUUUUCCACAGACAUGCAUUAGUUACAUAUACCAAGCACCUGUAUGCUGUAUCGACAUCAACUGGCACCCGUCAGAUCGACUGUGAAAUAUGAUUGUUACACUUACUGUAUGUGCACACUCUUUGACUUUUAUUAUUAUUAUUAUUAUUAUUAUUAUUAUUUGUUUCGGGUAAUUAUUUUAUUGUGUGCAUAUCACUUUUUUGAUACAUUAUUUUAUGUUUAUAAAACAUUAUUUAAGAGAAUUAUGCUCACAUAUAUUUGAAUUGAUAUUGAUUUUGUAUUUAUAUUUAUGGUACUGACCUUGUAACUUUUAUGAUGCCCUCUUAGAUGUAUCAUGUCUGUCUAGAACAGUUUUGCUGUAUUAAAAUGCUGUCAUCAAUAUCUGAUGCCAUUAAAGAGAGAAUAAGA